UGAUUUAGUGUUUGCUGAGGAACUCUUGGUCCUGCUUAGGAGCCACCCCAUCUCACCAAUCUAUCACCAAACCAAAUUCUAAAUUCCAAACCCCAAAACACACACACACAAAUCCCAAUUUCAAAGGUACAAAGAAAGUGCAACAACCAAACACACAAACACAAACACAUGAAUCAUAAUUAAAAUAAAAAUAAAAAUAAAAAACACACACACACACUCUGACACUACCCUGUUCUGUUCUGUUCUGUUCUGUUUCACAAAAUGGAUUGUUGGACUUCUUCUCUCCCUCUUGAUGAUGAAUUCGAAAAACUUGUAAUUCGAAUGAAUCCACCAAGAGUCACUGUGGAUAAUACUUCAAGCAGAACAACAACUUUGAUAAAGGUUGAUAGUGCUAAUAAGCGUGGAAGUUUGUUGGAAGUUGUUCAAGUUCUUACUGAUAUGAAUCUCAUUGUUAGAAGAGCUUAUAUUUCUUCUGAUGGUGGAUGGUUCAUGGAUGUUUUUCAUGUUACUGAUCAAAAUGGGAAAAAGUGUCUCCAAGAAGAUGUAGCUGACAGAAUUCAACAGUCACUUGGUCCAAGAGUCCGUAGUUUCCGAUCCGUGAGAAGGUCAGUCGGUGUUCAAUCCGUGGCUGAACACACAACGAUCGAGUUAACAGGACGCGAUAGGCAAGGAUUGCUUUCAGAAGUUUUUGCUAUUCUUGCAGACCUCAAAUGCAAUGUGGUAGCAGCCGAAGUUUGGACUCACAAUUCAAGAAUGGCGUCAGUCGUAUACAUCACCGACGACGUAACAGGAUUGCCAAUCGACAAUCCUGAUCGCCUCGCCAAGAUUAAGCAUCUUCUCCUUUAUGUCUUAAAAGGAGAUGUCGACAAGAAGAACGCCAACACUGCUGUUUCUUUUGCUUCUACUCAUAAGGAAAGGAGGUUGCAUCAGCUGAUGUAUGCUGAUCGCGAUUACGACAUAUACGAUGGAGAUUCUUGCGCAACAAGUGAUAGAAACAAGCUCCAUGUAACUGUUGAUGAUUGCAUAGAUAAGGGAUAUACUGUCGUGAACUUGAAGUGUCCGGAUCGACCGAAGUUGCUGUUCGAUACUGUGUGUACACUCACAGAUAUGCAGUAUGUUGUGUACCAUGGAACUGUCAUUGCUGAAGGACCAGAAGCUUAUCAGGAAUAUUACAUAAGGCAUGUGGAUGGAUAUCCUAUCAGUUCUGAAGCUGAAAGACAAAGAGUGAUUCACUGCUUGGAGGCUGCAGUUCGGAGACGAACAUCCGAGGGAAUUAAGCUAGAACUCUCUGGUGACGACAGAGUUGGCCUUUUGUCUGAUGUAACUCGAAUCUUUAGAGAAAAUGGCCUUUCGGUGUGCCGCGCUGAGGUUACAACAAGAGGUUCCCAAGCCAUGAAUGUUUUCUAUGUGACUGAUGUGUCUGGAAAUCCUGUCAAGAGUGAAACAAUCGACGCAGUGCGAAAAGAGAUCGGAUUGACUAUACUGCGCGUAAAAGAAGAUACUGCGUGCUCGAAAUCUCUGUCCGAGGAGAGUGGAAAAUUCUCUUUAUGUCAUCUCUUUCGAUCGAGGUCCGAAAAGCUUCUUUACAAUUUAGGUCUAAUGAAGUCUUAUUCUUGAACCUAGUUGUGUAUUUUGCAUAAUGUUUUUGUGUUUGUAAAUAGUAGUUUAGUUUUUUCACCUAGAAUUAGACUUCUUUGAAACCUCAUUGCAAGUGCUUUAUGGUUUAAUCUUUCAAGAUUUGGUUUCUUUGUUAAGUUUUAUUCAAAUAUGUUAGAUUGUAGAGUUUUAUUUAGGCAUGUUUUUCUUGAAAUAUGUAUAUUAAUGUGCCUUAUCAUAAUAUCCUUGUGGCUUUAA